CGCCAACAGCGUUUUCUUGGACAGUCCAGCGGCGCCAUGUUUGCUGGAAGCAUUCAAGAUCGACUGAGGGCCAGGGAUGACAAGCUGUCUGGAUAUCGUGGCUAUCCAGUGAAUGUCUCGGGCCACGUGGAGAAAGUGAAAAACUACUCCCACUCCUGCCACCACAUCGUGGAGCUGAAGGAGAAGCAAAGGCGUCUUGAAGCCCUUGAGGAGCAGCUGAGGGUCUCCGAACAGGCAAAGCUACAAAUGAUGACCGACAUGGACCGCUUGAAGGACAAGCUGCAAGAAUCCGAACUGAUCCAAAAGCGCGAUGCCGCCAUCAUUGAGUCCCAAAAGCACGCCAUUGCACAGCUCCAACUGGCCUUAGGCACCCAGCAGAAAGCAGUUGAGAGCAUCUUCAACGACGCGGCGCCGCGCAUGGAGCGAGAGCUGAAGGCAGCUGAGGCCAAGGUGAGGGAAGCCUUGACCCCCAGAGGCAUCCCUGCGCCGUCGGCCCCGGCCCCGGCUGGGUUGGUGUCCUUCGGAGGAUCCCGACCCUCCCGGCCCAGCAGCAGUGGUGAGUCGGAGAGUGAGGUGUCGCUGGCGCCACCCACGGCAAAGCUCUAUACACCAGGGACGACGCCAAGGACUGAUAUUUCCAGCCCAAGAUCUCCGAGCCCUGUAGGCUUUCUUUAGGUCAGCUGCCACUGGUCAGGUUUUGGUGCUUGGGUUGGUAGCUGAAGUGCCUCUGCAAGGCGCAGCAGCUUCCAGACUCAAGGCAUGAACUUUUAGCGCUGCAAUUGGAAGAUUAAGGGAACUC